CAUCUGAUCACCCAUCAGCACCAUGGAACUUAGCCAUCCUUCCUCUAUUUCCUUCGUCGCCAUCCUUAUCUUUCUCGUUAUUCUAAUCAAGUUACUGAAAAGAUCAAAUUCUAAUAACUCCAGCACCAACUUACCCCCAGGACCAUGGACACUACCUCUCAUAGGAAACAUACACCAGAUUGCUGGCUCAAUACCCCAUCACUGCUUCAGAAACUUGGCAAACAAGUAUGGAGACUUAAUGCACCUGAAACUAGGAGAGGUAUCCCACAUCAUUGUCACUUCACCAGAAAUUGCAAAACAGGUUAUGAAAACACAUGACCUUAACUUUUGUGAUAGGCCAAACUUUGUAAUGUCCACAACACUUUCAUACAAUGCUACAGACAUUGUCUUCUCUCCAUACGGAGAGUACUGGAAGGAACUCCGAAGGAUAUGCACCAUAGAGCUGUUAAGUUUAAAGCGUGUGCAAUCCUUUAAGUUCAUAAGAGAAGAAGAAGUGUCAGCACUUGUUAAAACAAUCUACGAUACUGAAGGCUCUGUUGUUAACCUCACUGAGAAGAUUUUCUCACUGACGUAUGGGAUAACAGCACGUGUAGCUUUUGGGAAGAAAAUCAAACACCAACAAGACCAGUUCAAAUGGAAUAUGGAGGAAGUAAUGAAGUUAGGAGGGCUUUGUGUUGCUGAUUUCUAUCCUUCCAUUGGACUAAUGCUUCAAAGGAUGAGUAAAGCCAAAGCCAAAAUGGAAAAACUGCACAGAGAAAAUGAUAGGAUAUUGCAAGACAUCAUUGAUUAUCAUAAAGAUGAAAAAAACAGCAACAAGGAAGCAGGAAGUGAAGAUCUAGCCGAUGUUCUUCUCCAGCUUCAAAAGGAACAUGAAAAGGACUCGCAAUAUCCCUUGACUGAUGAAAAUAUUAAAGCAGUCAUCCAGGACAUGUUCGCUGGUGGUGGAGAAACAAUUUCAAGGACUGUAUUGUGGGGGAUGUCAGAAAUGGUAAAGAAUCCAAAAGUGAUGGAAAAAGCACAAGAUGAGGUAAGAAGAGUGUUCGAUAGCAAGGGGAAUAUGGAUGAGGAAGGCUUGCACCAGUUGAUAUACUUAAAAUCUGUCAUCAAAGAAACCUUGAGGCUACAUCCAUCUCUACCAUUGCUAGUUCCAAGAGAAUGUACUAAGAGAUGCCAAAUCAAUGGCUAUGAGAUACCAGCAAAGAGCAGGGUCAUUGUCAAUGCUUGGGCAAUUGGAAGAGAUCCCAGAUAUUGGGAUGAAGCUGAAAAUUUUAAACCUGAGAGAUUUCUCAAUAGCCAAAUUGAUUUUAGAGGCACAAACUUUGAAUAUCUCCCAUUUGGUGCUGGAAGGAGGAUGUGUCCAGGCAUCGCAUUUGCCUUACGUGGCAGUGAGCUGCAACUUGCGCAGUUACUUUACCAUUUUGAUUGGAAGCUUCCCAAUGGAAUGAAGAAUGAAGAGCUUGACAUAACUGAAAUGACUGAGUCAUUUGGACUGACCGCGAGAAAAUUAAACGACCUCUACUUGAUUCCGGUUACUCGUCAAGCUUAAUAGAUAUGCAGAAAUGUUGGAUAGACAUCGCAAUGGGUUGUAGUAUGAGUGAGGGAGAAAAGGGGAAGAUAAGUAAUAAAAUGUAAUUUAUAUGAAAAGAGUGAUAUAUAGAAAAAUAAGGUGCAUGUGAUAUAUGUAAUAGUUAUGUGCAUGAUUGGUAUAUGUGUAUAUGCAAAUAAGUUCAU